CACAAUAACUACAGAUCUGCUGCUGGUUUCUUAUAGGAGCAGACACACAGCACAUGGACAGGUGUGUGUUUGUGUUAUCUGCAGGACAACCAACGGGAUGGGACACAGAUAAGCUGUUGUUUUAUACAUAUAGGUCUAUUUAUGAAUUAUCUGAAACAUGUUUCAGAUUACAUGUCUGUGUAUGUUUCUUGGCAGAGGCGUUUUUCCACAAUAAACAGUUUAUUGUCAUAGAAAUAUUUUCAGUCAACCAAAGUCUCUGGUUCCCACAUGAAGUGACGUGAAUGAUGACCUUUUCACUGGGAGAAAAAGGUUUUUCCAAUGCCCAUGAAUGCACGGACAGUCCUAAGCAGAAGCAGUCUGUUGACUGGAAGUUACAUCAUCUUGGAGAGAUGUGAUUGGCUGCAGAUUUUAAUCCUGCAGAGUUAGACUCUCAGCACAGUGGGGGCGGAGCUUCAUCACGGCUCCUCCUGCUAACACUAACCCUUAAGAGUAUAAAUAAGAGGGAGAGACACUAUGAGACGCUAGAGAUAUCAGAGACAACAAAGACAACAGAGCAUCCAAACACACUGACAUCAGGAUCUUCAUCUUCAGUGCAGCUGAAAUCUGACCAUGAAGCUGGUUUCAGUCGUCCUCCUCCUGCUGGCUCCAUUGUUGACCAGCUGCCACCCGCUCGGUCUGCCGUUGGACUGUAGCGACAUUCAUGAUAAUAGCAACAGCCUCAGUGGAGUGUACACCAUCUAUCCCAUCGGAGCCACGUCUGCUGUCCAGGUGUACUGUGACAUGGAUUCAGAAGGAGGAGGGUGGACGGUGUUCCAGAGGAGGAUGGACGGCACGGUGAACUUCUACAGGGGCUGGGAUCAAUACAAGACCGGCUUUGGUAUCGCUGCUGGAGAGUACUGGCUCGGUCUCCAGUCUCUCUUCUACCUGACUCAGAAGAAGAAGUAUGAGCUGCGUGUCGACAUGGAGGACUUUGAAGGAAACAAAACGUUCGCUCGUUACUCCUCGUUCUCCAUCGACGCUGAGUCCUCCGGAUACACACUGAAUGUUUCUGGAUUCACUGAUGGAGGAGCAGGAGACUCCAUGAGUUAUCACAACGGACAGAAGUUCACCACCUUCGACAGAGACCAGGACUCUGAUGCUGAAUGGAACUGUGCCAGAUUCAGCAUGGGGGCGUUCUGGUACCACAGCUGUUUCUCUACAAAUCCAAACGGUGUUUAUGGUUGGGGGGCUGACAACACCAUCCCUAAUGUUGGAGUGGAUUGGUAUCAUUGGAAAGGUCGUUACUUCUCCCUGAAGACCAUCAGCAUGAAGAUCCGUCCUGUGCAGUAGUAAAGAAAAUGUAUAAAAGUAACAUAUUUGUAGUUCAGGACAGCCACUUGAUGUUUGGUGGAGGUUUGAAACUCUAAUGUGAAUCUUUAUCUGCUGUACGGUGACAAUAAAUAAGAAGCUGAGCAUUAA